CCACCCCCACGUGCAUGCCCUGAAGCCUUGGGGGUGACACUGGGACCCGGCAAGCACAACCCAGAUCAGCAGCAGCGUAGAUGGCUCGACUCCCCAUGGGCAUCCGCUUCUUCGUCUCUUUCUCCAGGGACCAGUGGUACAGAGCCUUCAUCUUCACCUUGACCUUUGUGCUGUACGCGAGUUUCCACUUGUCCCGCAAGCCCAUCAGCAUAGUGAAGGGGGAGCUGCACAGGUACUGCACCACCUGGGAGGAGGCUGACGUCAGAUCCAGCGGCGAUGGCGGCAGAGCCGGGUACGCGCCCCCUCGCCAGCUCCAAGUCAACCAGACAGACUGCGGCUGGGCACCAUUUGAUAAGAGCAACUACCAGCAGCUGCUCGGGGCCCUGGACUACUCCUUCCUGUGCGCGUAUGCCGUGGGCAUGUACCUCAGCGGCAUCAUCGGGGAGCGCCUGCCAAUCAGGUACUACCUGACGUUCGGCAUGCUGGCCAGCGGUGCCUUCACUGCCCUCUUCGGGCUCGGCUACUUCUAUGAUGUGCACAGCCUGAGCUUCUACGUGGUGACUCAGGUCAUCAACGGGCUGGUGCAGACCACCGGCUGGCCCAGCGUCGUCACCUGCCUUGGCAACUGGUUUGGGAAAGGAAGGCGAGGCCUGGUCAUGGGCGUCUGGAACUCACAUACGUCUGUGGGCAACAUCCUCGGGUCCCUGAUCGCUGGCUACUGGGUGUCCACCUGCUGGGGCCUGUCCUUCGUCGUGCCCGGGGCCAUCGUGGCAGCCAUGGGCAUCGUAUGCUUCCUCUUCCUCAUUGAGCAUCCGAAGGACAUCCGGUGCUCCUCCUCCCUGCUGGCGCAUGCCAGAGGCUGUGAGAACAGCACAAAUCGAUUCCGAGUACAGAAGACAAGCUUGAGCAGUGACAAGAGCAGGCCGCUGGACCCCGAGAUGCAGUGCCUGCUGCUGUCAGACGGCAAGAGCUCCGGCCACCCGAACCACGUGGUCGUCCUUCCGGGGGACGGGGGCAGCGGCAUGGCCGCCAUCAGCUUCCUGGGGGCCUUGAGGAUCCCGGGGGUCAUCGAGUUCUCGCUGUGUCUGCUGUUUGCCAAGCUGGUCAGCUACACCUUCCUCUUCUGGCUGCCACUGUACAUCACGAGCGUGGAUCACCUGGACGCCAAGAAAGCUGGCGAGCUCUCCACCCUGUUCGAUGUGGGCGGGAUCUUCGGUGGGAUCCUGGCAGGCGUGAUCUCAGACCGCCUGGAGAAACGGGCCUCCACCUGCGGCCUCAUGUUGCUGCUGGCGGCACCCACGCUCUACAUCUUUUCCACCGUCAGCAGGAUGGGCCUAGAGGCCACCGUGGCCAUGCUGCUGCUCAGUGGGGCCCUGGUCAGCGGGCCCUACGCGCUCAUCACCACUGCCGUCUCUGCCGACCUGGGCACUCACAAGAGUCUGAAGGGGAACUCCCACGCCUUGUCCACCGUGACGGCCAUCAUUGAUGGGACUGGCUCCGUAGGAGCCGCCCUGGGUCCUCUGCUGGCCGGCCUCAUCUCCCCGUCCGGGUGGGGCAACGUGUUCUACAUGCUGAUGUUUGCUGACGCCUGUGCCUUGCUGUUUCUGAUCCGCCUCAUCCACAAGGAGCUGAGCUGUCCAGGUCCAGUGGCGAGUGACCAGGCUCCACUGAAGGAACACUGACAGCCAGUUGUCCGUCACAUGCUGUCCCUGGAGAAGUUAGCUGAGGCAUCCUGUGUUGGGGAGCACGGCUGAGCUUGCCUUUCACACCCCG